AGUACUUGCUCCUCAGUUCGACUUGUGGAGCGUGUGCAGCACAAAUUAAAUUAUCAAUCACGCUUGCACUUUUACAAACUCAGCAGUCAAAAUGUCUAGAAAAGCUGGAUUGACGCUGCUCUCGUCUCCAAGUCUCAAAAUGAUACGAAAUUCAAUUCAAAUCACUGGAGCAAAUCUCCAACCAAUUAGAACCUUAACAUCCAUGACGCACCUGUCUCCUCGGGUGUCAUUUAUGUCGAAUGGUAACACCACCGGGCUUCUCUCAAAUCGACCUUCCCUCACAAAAUAUCGCAGCGAGGGACGACCCCUCACAAUAAUCCUCCCAUGGUUCAUGGCCAAAAAGAAAGCGGUGGAAAAAUAUGCAAAAGUCUACUUGGACAAAGGAUUCGACGUGCUAACAAUCGGCAUGAGCGGGGCACACCUCUUUCUCCCCUCGCUUUACGAACCAAUCAUAACGAGGGAAAUCCUGGCAACUUUAUUGAGCUCAGAUCACGAUGAAAAAAUUGUCCACUCCUUUUCCGCCGGGGGAUUCGUCUUUACCCGAAUCCAGAAGCAUGCUGAGUUAUCUCCUCAUGGGGAGAAGUUUCUAGGGACGAUCAAAUCCCAAAUUUACGACAGUAUGGCGGAUAUCAGCUCAUUAAAGAUAGGAAGUAGCAAAACCAUCUUUGUAACAAGUCCACUACUUCAAAAAGUGUUUUCCAACUAUGUGGAUCUACAUUUGAAAGUUUUUUCCGGCUCGACGAAAAUUCUUUUGGAGUCGAUAGACAUUUUCUAUAAUAAACCCGUCACGCAUGCGCCAGCUUUAUUUUUGUCGUCGGAACUUGACCCAAUCAGCCCUCCAAGUAUGCACAGAGGGAUGAUCGACUGUUGGAGGGGACAAGGGAUAACUUGUGAGCAUAAAGUUUGGAACGACACGCCACACGUUGGACAUAUGAAAGUAUAUCCGGAAGAGUACAAAGAGCUCGUGUGGAAACACUUGAAACGGAGUGGGAUUAAUGUUGCGGAAAAGGAUGUGAUUCGCAGAAGGGAAGAAAUUGUGAUGAAUGAUGGUGAAAAUAUUACCAGGAGGGGGGAUAAUAAUCGAGUGCCAAAUAUUGUACAGUACAAAACGUUGUAAAAUUGGAUGGAAUAUAUAAUAAUAACGUAAUAACAAAAUAAUAUAAUAAUAAUAUAAUAAUAAUAUAAUAAUAAUAAUAUAAUAUGUUGUUAAAUACAAUUGAGCAACAAAUUUAUUUGUGAUUAAGCGUGAAAAGGCUCUGACAAAAUGACCUGGAAUGACUAAGCUACAAUAAAUAUUUAAUACGUAUUUAAAUAAAAUAUUUUUAUACAUGUGACAAACAUUUUAUCGAAUCAUCGUCUUUAAAUGUGGGUGGUUAUUUGGGAGUGGUUGUAAACGAAAAAUAAUUUUGUGUUGAAUUAAAAUUUUUGAAUUUUCACGCCAUUCGAAACUUAACUUUCUCCCCUUUCACUUCCGUCGCGGAAAAUUAGUUUCACUUCCGUUCCAGACAAACAUUUCAAGCUUAUAAUAUAGUAAAAUAUAGUAAAAUAGCAAUUCAUCAGUGUUUCUUUUCGUGGGCACAAUAUUAUUUUUCUUGUAUACGUAUGUACAUAAAUGCACUCAUAGUGCAUAUACAUAUGAUCAAGUACAUGUACAUGAUCAAAUACAUAUAAUCAAAUCUUAUAAGACUGCAUGUAUGUAAAUGCAUAAAAA